UCCAUGAUGGUGGAUAAAAUUCACUCCAAUUAAAUUUUACAGCGAAAAGCUGCGCAGUGAUUUCCAAUAACGUAAAACUUACCAAGUCACAAACAGGAAGCUUAUCAGUUGGAAAGUAAAAUUUCAUCUACGUUCCAUCAGUUUGAAAUUUGAACUAGUGGCGAGAAGCCCUGUUCAAAAUGUUCAGGCUGAGCGUGAUUUUCAUCACGUUUGAGGCUCUGCUUGGGGCAACCCUUGCCGCACCAGCAGACUCAAAAACGCCAGACCUUUCCAAACUAUUGGCAGGUGCUGGACAGGCAGGCUCCAACGUUGAUUUACAGAAAUUGAUGGCGGCCGGUGGUGGUAAUGCGCAAGCAAUGCAAGAACAGCUAGCUGCUGCACAAAAGCAGGGGAGCGUGGGAGGACUUGACCUUGCAGCUUUGGCUCAAAUGGGCGGUGGUGGAGCCAAUUUACAGGGAAGUAUACAGCUAACUGCUCAACGGCCAAGUGGCAGUGAGAAAACCGAUGUGAAACCUUCAGAUGGGUCGAAAAACUAUGCUACUGCUACGCCAGAAACGCCAAGGCCGAUGAAACCUGCUGCUCCGUCUUCAACGGAUAUCAAAAAGCCGGGUGAUGGCAAACCUGUUGAUUCCCCACCAGCAAAAAUGACAGAAAGACCAGAUGUAACGCCUGAUCCAAGAAAUGUAGCUCCAUCGAGGUAUCCAGAACAAACCAAGCCUCCAGGACAGACGAGAGUUCCAGAGCCAUCGAGAGCUCCAGAACAGACAAAGCCACCAGGACAAACAAGGCCUCCAGAGCCAUCGAGAGCUCCAGAACAAACCAAGCCUCCAGGACAAACAAGGCCUCCAGAACCAUCGAGAGCUCCAGAAAAUAGUAAAAUUCUUGACCAGGGAAGUUUACAGCUAAAUGCUCAGCAAAAGCCAAGUGGCAGUGAGAAAACCGAUGUGAAAUAUUCAGAUAUGUCGAGAAAUUAUGCUACCGCUACGCCAGAAACGCCAAGGCCAACGAAACCUACUGCUCCGCCUCCAACGGAAAUCAAAAAGUCUGGUGACGUCAAGCAUGUUGAUUCUCCACCAGCAAAAAUGACAGAAAGACCAGAUGUAACGCCUGAUCCAAGAAAUGUAGCUCCAUCGAGGUAUCCAGAACAAACCAAGCCACCAGGACAGACGAGAGUUCCAGAACAACCGAGAGCUCCAGAACAGACAAAGCCCCCAGGACAAACAAGGUAUCCAGAACAAACCAAGCCUCCAGGACAGACGAGAGUUCCAGAACAAUCGAGGGUUCCAGAACAGACAAGGCCCCCAGGACAAACAAGGCCUCCCGAACAGUCUAGAGCUCCAGAGCAAACAAGACCUCCAGGACAGACGAAACCUCCAGAGCAAUCAAGGCCCCCAGGACAGACCAAAGCCCCAGAAAAUACAAGACCUCCAGGACAGACGAAACCUCCACAAACAAAACAGGACCAUCCGACGGAAAGACCUGACAUAACGCCUGAUCCAAAGAAUAAAGCGGCUCCGACGAAGGCUCCAGAAAAGCCGAAGGCCCAGGAACAAUCCAAGUCAGAACAAUCGAAGCCAACUAAACCAACUGCUCCACCGGGUGAUGCCAAUAAGAAGUCCGCUGAUGUCAAGGUGAAGACAAGCUCUGACUCAACAGGCGGAAAAAACGCGCCAAGUAACACGAAAACUGCCGAUGCAAAGAAACCGGCCUCAACUGAUACUAAGAAGUCCGUAGAAGUCAAGGCAUCUGUGAACGUUAAUGAUAAGCAAGCUCAAUCGGCGGUGGAUACAAAAAAAGCAGCUGCGUCGGUUAAGAAACCGAGUGACAAGCCAGCCAGUGGCAAGGACGCCAAAUCGGGAGCAAAUGAUGCCUCGAAGUCUGGGGGUUCAAAGGGUGCUUCACCAAAAACCACUGAUACUAAAGCAAAAUCUCAGUCGAGACCCUCUUCAACUACUAAAAAGACCAAGAAAUAAUUCGAAAAUGCGGCACAACGGUUCUUAAUUCCCAGCUUAAAAAUGAAAUAUAAUUUAAUUACCAUCAGAAAUCGACAAAACACUAAACCCUGUGUAUAAAUGCAAAUAAAGAAAUAAAAUUUCAAAUUGAA